ACGGAAUGGCUCUGUGGUCCCCACUUCAGAACCUCUCUGCAGUAAUCUCUGCCCAUGGCAAAGUCACCACCGCAAGAGGGAGGAAUAGGCCGGUUCACGCGGCGGCGGCGUCCGACACAACCAGCGCCGUGGCUGGUGGUCAAGUAGGUAGUUAUGGUUAUGAAGAAGGAGGGCUGGUGCGACCCAAGUGGACUGGAGAGACCCCACUUUCUCGUUUGGUUGGAGCUCUUAUCUCAUUCAAGCCAUUAUACUCUGUCCUCAAGUUUGGCGCUAGACAGGUUUUAAUAAGCACAGCUGAGAAGAACAACAUACCUUGGAGGGAAAUGGCGAAGGAGAUUUUAGAGUCAGACGUGUACAAGGAGAUGGACAGCAUUCAGAACCACUCUUUAGUAUACCCAGAUUAUUAUUUGAAUCCAUUCCAUGCAUAUGACGAGGGCAAUCUUACAUGGCUGGCAGCAGCUGAAGCAGAGGCUGCUACGAUGUCAAUGGCGAGACGAGCAGUUCCAAAUGCUUCUUCAGUAGACGAAGCAAACCAGAUACUGCAUGGCAAUUGGCUUCAUGCAAUUGAUCAACACCAUAUACAGUAUUCAGAAACAUCCAUGAUUGGUGACAUUCUAGAUAUUGGAUGCUCUGUAGGUGUAAGCACAAGAUAUCUUGCAGACAAGUUCCCUACAGCCAAAGUCACCGGGCUAGAUCUGUCACCGUAUUUUCUGGCUGUGGCUCAGCAAAAGGAAAAGAGAGGAACGCCUAGAAAAUUUCCUAUUAGAUGGAUACAUGCAAAUGGGGAAGAGACAGGCUUGCCUUCUAAAUCAUUCGAUCUUGUGUCUAUUGCUUUUGUGCUUCAUGAAUGUCCUGCAAGAGCUAUAGUGAAUUUAGUAAAGGAAGCAUUCCGUCUCCUUCGGCCUGGAGGCACGCUAGCUUUAACAGAUUCUUCGCCGAAGUCGAAGAUCCUUCAGGAAUUGUCUCCAGUCCUGUUUACGUUGAUGAAGAGCACAGAACCCUUUCUUGACGAGUACUACCUGACUGAUGUGGAGGAAACACUGAGGGAAGUUGGUUUUGUGAACAUAACAUCAAUUCUUACCGACCCCAGACACAUAACAAUAACAGCAACUGUGCCUCAAUGAAACAUCUCUGAGAUUUUUUUUAAUUUUUAACUUUUUGGUAUAUAAACAUCUUCAUGAGUUUGGCUUCAAGCAUGGUAGCUGUUAACUAAUGCAUUUAUUGUGUUGUGUCCUAAUGAACAAAACAUCUCUUGGCUAGAUAGUUAAGGCCUUGGGGGGAAAAUGUCUGAAACUGGUAGAUGUAUAAUAUUGUCAACACCAUAUGUUGCAAUGGGGGCUAUUGAUAUUAGAAAUAUCCCUCCCUCUUACCUUAUUAUUAUUAUUUUUCAUUUGAUUUGAUUCCCUAUGUAAUUCAACAAUCUAUCUUUUGGAUGCAAUGCUAACAUUAAUUCUU